UGAAUUCUCUUGAACGACAGUGGUUGUUCAGUGUGGUUGUUAUGCUUUAUCAAUAAAGUGAGUUUGAUGUCAGAUUGUUAUCAUGAGAAUCAAUAUUUUUAAGGAAAAAAGACUAAUGUAUUUAUUUUUCCAAAUUUUUCAUUUUUUGUUCGCAUUUGGAUUUCUGAUUUUUGGUUUGAUCGAGUUUGUGAGCAAUCCGCCGUAUUUUGAUGGCUAUGGUGAUGCCAAAGACUCUCAAAAACAACUACCUAAAGACCUGUUUCAGAAUGAUCCUAGAGUCACCAAUGAGUCUCAUGUUCUUCGUCUUAUGGAUUUGCCAAUAUUCCUUAUGAUCAUGGCAUAUUUUACUGUUUGUUCUUGGCUGAAAUAUAAAGGACUAUCUUGGUUGCUCACUGCUAGCAUGAGUGUAAAUCUUGUUUGUUUUUUUAUUGUCAACUUCUGGUUUCAGGAAUUUUUCUCUUGGAAGUAUUACAGUUCUCGUAACUUAGGACUUGAACUGCAAGUUCUGUCAUUUACUCUGACAGCAUCAUCAAUAUUUAUGGUUAUAUUUUACACAAGACGAAAAAUGCCAUUUAAACUAAAAUCUUCGUUAACCAUUCAAGCAUUUGGUGUCGUUCAUUUGGCAUGGAAUUUUGGCGUUAUUUUUAUAGUAUGUUUCACAUGCCUUCUUCUCUGGUUUUCAAAGUUAUACAUAUCAUGGGCGUGUUUUAGAACACAAUCUGAAGUCAUGAAACUUUGUGAAAAAACAAAUAUGGUGCAAUGUUAUUUUUGCAAAGAAUGUAAUUUUAACGCGUUUUCUCAUUGCGCUGCCGAAGAAAAUUACAGAUCGUUUCAUUGUGAAUCGCCACGAAAUUCGACGAGACAGCAAGCUUUUUGUAUCUUCAACUACAAUGUUGGAACUUACACAUUUUUAACUGUUUUCGCCUAUGUUGGAGGUCUCUGUAUAUUUCUUGCAACAUUCUCACAAAUUCUUAUUCAUUACAUCAUCCGGUUUUUCAAUAAUUCCUUUACAAUUAUUCGUAAAUUAUUUUCAAAUCGUCAUAAACGUGAGUUGUUCAUUCAGUCAGAAGACACUGAAUCGUUGACAGGAGUUGAAACUGAAAUGCAUCACCCUAGUAUUGAUCUAAUGGAUAAUAUUCAAUCUGGAUAUGAUGUUCCUUGUCAGACUGAGAGAAAUGAUGAAAAUGACUUGGGCAAUAUUUUGUUAAAUGCAUCCAUUGGUUAAAGAGGUUAUAGAAAUUAACAAUAAUCAUGAAAUUGAAUUGUUUAAAAAAACAUUGUAUAUUAUGUGAAAAAUUAUUGUAUUAUUGUAAACUAUGAUGUGUAAUAUACUAUAAAUUGAAAUAAAACUACUGUUGGAAGAUCAUA